UACAAUCAUAAUAAAUAUGGCAGAAAUCUUGCCAUUCACAAAUGAUAGUCUGUAUAAUCAGCAUAAUGGUGUGAUGAAAAAUAUAUAGACAGCAAAAGAUUACAAACUAGAACUGAACUCUAUAAAUUGUAAGUCGCCCUGAGUCCCCUCAGGGAAAAGGGCGGCCUAUAAAUAAUAAUAAACUAAACUAAAACUGAAAAUAAGCCACACUGUUUACUCAGAUAACGUAUGAAAUGGAAAAUCUGAUUUACAGUAUACCCACACAGGUGCAAUUUGCUAAAUAUCCCAGAAUUGAAUAUUGUUCUAAAGUGCUUUCCCAACCAUUGCUGACAAUGACUUAUAAUAAUUAAAGUACAUUUCUUCUGAUAUAAGAAAUCUCUCAUGUUUCACCAAUAAUAUGGCUUUUUGGCUUAAAGAAAGGAAAAACAGUUCCCAUGUCAGGAACCUUAAAAGUUACUUAAGAUAAAUAUAUUUUCAGAAUGGAGUGCCAGAGGAUUUCUGUGCCCAAUAGAAAUUGGGCACAGAAAUUAAAUUGCUGCUUGCUCUAAGAGGAAAUUGGAUCGUCAUUAGCAAAUUUAGGAGGGGGAUAUAUAUUAAACAGCGAAAGAACAUUUUCUUCAAGCUGGCCAGUCAUCCAGGUGUGUUUCAAGCAGCAUGACUCCUCUACUCAAUUCCUUGCUAUUUCCACCACUGCUCCUUCUAACCCUCAGUAUUCAGGAUCUGACUGAAGCUUGCAACUGUCGCCCAGCUCAUCCACAGGAAGAAAUAUGUGAGUCUAAUAUUGUGAUUCUUGCAAACAUACUGAGUAAAACAGUGGUUAAAGAUUCACCUUCUUCUGAAGAAAUGAUCCAGUAUGAAAUCAAGCAAACAAAGAUGUUUAAAGGUUUUGAAAUGGUGAAAGAGGUCAAGUAUGUUUUUACAGCUAUUUCAUCAGCAGCCUGCGGGGUAGAUUUAGAAGUCGGAAUGAAGCAGAAACAGUAUCUUAUUUCAGGUAAUUUGUCAAAUAAUGGAAUGCUUAUACUUUAUUUAUGCGAUUUUAUUAAAAAAUGGCAUGAAGUUACCGAUUCUCAAAAGAUAAAUCUAAAAAACAACUAUCAAAAGGGCUGUGACUGUACAAUUACUCACUGCCGUACAGAACCUUGUUCCACCACAAAACCCCAUGAAUGCCUAUGGACGGAUUGGCUGAAAGAGAAGAAGAACUGUGGACAUCAAGCAGAUAAUUCUGCCUGUUUCAAGGGCAGUGAAGGAACUUGCAGUUGGCACAAUGCUCUUCCUUAGUGAAAUACUUAGCUGAUAUCAGUGAACCAUAAAUAAUAUAAAUAAUAUAAAUUUUGGGAGAAACAGGAUGUUUAUUCCAUGUUGCCUGCUUAAUGAUCUUUUGAACUUCCAAUAAUUGUCUCUUCCUUAGAAUCAAAAGCAAAUUGUGCAGUAUAAUUAAAACACAGAAUACAUAGAAUUGGCAUCCAGAUUAAUAUAAAAAUGACAUUCCUGGCAGUAUUUGCUUUCAACAGUUAUUUCAGUAAAUUUGUAUGGAAACAUC